CUCACAGAGACCGUCAGAAACCCAGCGGGGAGUCCUGUUCAAGAGGCGCGUGGGCGACAGGUUAGUACCUAAAGUGCAGAGACAACUCCUGCCCUUCUAGCUCCGGGUAAGCUACCGGGAAAAAGAUGGCUCGGCUAGUCCCGUCUGUCUCCAGGUUAGCAGGCGCCCUGCCAGUGCCGGCCGGGAUGAGGUCCGGCAUCUUACGGCUCCAGCCCUCCAAGGGCCGCUGGAAGCCCCCAUCUGACACCCGGAGCUCGCAGGAGUCCCCCGGGACGGGGGAACUUUCCAUCGCACUGGAGGUUCCACCAUGCCCCUCUGCUUCCGCACCCGGGGAAGCCAUACAAGCCUCCAAACUCCGCGGGGCCCAAGCUGACACCCCAGGGAGGCCCCCUGACGUUCCAGCUGGGAGUGUAGGCCGGGCCGGGCGCCGGGACCACGCAGCCUCCAGGCCCUACGCUCUGAGAACCGUUUCCGGGGCGGAUGCUUUUUGCAUCUGACCCCGCGCGCCAGUGACGCGAAGGCCCAGACGGAAGUGCAGGUGGAGGAUCCCGAGCUGAGCCCGACCCCGGAGCAGGUCUCGGGGGCUCUGGGCAGCAGGGACGGCCGGGCCUGGCAGCGAUGGCGACUCUGUGGGGAGGCCUCCUUCGGCUCGGCUCCCUGCUCAGCCUGUCGUGCCUGGCGCUCUCCGUGCUGCUGCUGGUGCAGCUGUCAGACGCCGCCAAGAAUUUCGAGGAUGUCCGGUGUAAAUGUAUCUGUCCUCCCUAUAAGGAAAAUUCUGGGCAUAUUUAUAAUAAGAACAUAUCCCAGAAAGAUUGCGAUUGCCUUCAUGUUGUGGAUCCCAUGCCUGUGCGGGGGCCUGAUGUAGAAGCAUAUUGUCUACGCUGUGAAUGCAAAUAUGAGGAACGAAGCUCUGUGACAAUCAAGGUUACCAUUAUAAUCUAUCUCUCUAUUUUGGGCCUUCUACUUCUGUACAUGGUGUAUCUUACUCUGGUUGAGCCCAUACUGAAGAGACGCCUCUUUGGACACUCACAAUUGAUACAGAGUGAUGACGAUGUUGGGGAUCACCAGCCUUUUGCAAAUGCCCACGAUGUGCUGGCCCGUUCCCGCAGUCGUGCCAAUGUGCUGAACAAGGUUGAGUACGCCCAGCAGCGCUGGAAGCUUCAAGUUCAAGAGCAGAGAAAAUCUGUCUUUGACCGACAUGUUGUUCUCAGCUAAUUAGGAAUCAAAUUCAAGGUGACUGGAAAGAAACAAGGCAGACAACUGGAAAAAAAUGAACUUGAGUUUUCUUGGGUUUUGUUUUAAUACCCUGUUAAUUUUACCAACUAUUACUGGAAGAAUCAAAACUGGAAGCAAAAAAAUGUGCUUAGUGUUUUUUUUUCUUGUUAACAUAUUAAUAGGGACAUUUUUAAAAGCACACAGCUCAGUGUCAGCCAAUAAACCUUUUCCUAUUUGUGACUUUUACUAAUAAAAAUAAAUUUACCUGUAAAUUAUCUUGAAGUCCUUUACCCUGGAACAAGCACUCUCUUUUUCACCACACUGUUUUAACUUGAUUUUCAAGAUAAUUUUCAGGUGUUUCUUCUUUUGGUGGGAGAGGGAGGGAUGCCUGGGAAGUGCUUAACAACUUUUUUCAAGUCACUUUACUAAACAAACUUUUGUAAAUAGACCUUACCUUCUAUUUUCAAGUUUGGUUUAUCUUCUGCAGUAUAGCCAGCCUCAUCAAAGCGCUGACUACCAUUUGACUUUUGCACUAUAUUAUCUAGGUAUCUGGCUGGCCCGUGGCUGCACUUCAUGGUAAACUGGAAAUGCAAUGCCUGAUGGCUCUUAACAAAAUGCACAUUUUUUCAUGUACUGUGAUGUCUGAUGCAAUGCAUCCUGGAACGAACUGGCCAUUUGCUAGUUUACUCUAAUGACUAAACAUAGUCUUGGUGUGUAUGGGCUUUCUCAUCUUCUUCUAGUAUCUUUAAGGACAAAUCCUAAGGACUUGGAAACUGGCAAUAAGGAAAUAGUCUUUUAAACCCAAGCCUCCCUGGAUUUAACAUACACACACAUUUGUCAGCAUUUCCAGCUGUGUCAAGAGGCAGCUAUUUGAGCUCCUGUGUGUGCGGCUUUGAACUAGGACUAGGGUUCUGGGUGCCUCUCUCUGAAAGGUAUAACAGUUAUUGGAUAACUGGCUUUUUUCUUCUUAUGUCCUCUUUGGAAUGUAACAAUAAAAAUAAUUUUUGAAACAUC